AUGUCGUUGUCGUCCGGGCCGAGCAUCUUCGAGGCGGCGUCGCAGGGUGACGCAGUGCCACUGACCGAGGCACUGGUCAGCGGGGCCUCUGUGGCAGCCACAGACGCAGAGGGCAACAGCCCGCUACACCUAGCCGCAUACGCACACCGCCUGGCAAACGUCCGCAUCCUCCUCUCCUUUGGCGCCGACGUCAAGGCUUGCAACGGCAAGGGAUGGACACCGCUGCACUUUGCGGCCAUCGCCGGAGCGAUGGAUGUGGUGCGGGUGCUGGUGGAUGCUGGCGCGCCGCUGGAUGCCGCGACCAACGAUGGCGAGCGACCGCUCGACUUUCUCAAUCUCUCCGAGGAUGAGCGGGCUGCGAUGGAGGACGCGGCAGCGGCGGUGGCGGCCCGCAAGGAGGCGAUCGGCGCAGACAUUGCUGGUGGCUCGCUCGACCGCAUGCUUUCGGACACGGUAGCGGUGGUCGAGUCGGGCUCGAUGGUGUUUGAGCACGUUCUCAACACUGUCGACGAGCAGGGCGAUGCCUACGCCAAGCUCCUUGCCCGCGCCCGCAAGCCGAUUGUGCUGCCAUCGGCAGGCGCGCGCAAGGCCGAAUCACAGUCGCAGUCCGCCGGCGAGCCAGACGACACGGCGCCGCACGGCCAGUUUCUGGAGCGGCUGGCGUCGCCCGACGCCCGGACGGCUCCGGCGCCGUCGCCGUCGCGGCGAGUGGGGGCCGCUCAGGUCACCGACUCGGAAGCGGUGGUCGAGGCGCUCGCGGGGCUCGAUGACGAUGCCGAAGACGUGGCAGAGCACUUUGAUGCUUGGGCUGCUGACAUGAAGGCGGUGUUCAUGGAAAAGUUUGGCUACGCGCGGAGCGUGCUGCAGGCGCGGUUCGACAGCAUUCUGGCCGAGACCGAGGCACGGCAUGCGGCGGCCGAGGCCGAGCUGUGUGAGCGCAUUGCCAUGCUCAACGAGCGCGUCGGUGUGCUCGAGAGCGCGCUGGACGAGUCGGAAGCCAACGUCCGGGUCCUCGACGCGCACAUUAUCAAGCUCGACGAGCAGGCGAUCGAGGCCGACCGCGAGGCUGCGCGGCGGCUGGGUGAAGAGCGGCGGGUGGGUGUGGCCAAGUCGAUGCAUAUGGUGCGGCACAAGUAUGCCCACUCCGUAAUGCGGCGAGUGCUUCUGGCAUGGCAUCGGCACGCGGCGAAGAAAAAGGUGGCGUCAGUCGAGCGCGUGUGCGCCAUGCGAGUGGAGGAGGCGACGCGGAUCGUGGUCGACGAGUACUCGGAGCGGCUGGAGACGGCAGAGGCGCGGAUUGCCGAGCUGGAGGAGGCGCUGGCGGCAGCGCAGUUUAACAAGAAGCACUUUGAGGACCACAUGAAGUCCGCGUUUAUGCGCGGCGUCUCGGCGCUCAACAUCGAGGCCAUCGAGCUGUUUGGCGGCAAGCCCGAGGAGUAUGGCUCGUUUAUGGCCGACGUGCCGUCAUACGACGGCGAGCGGGGCUCGGUCGACGCGCCGGCUUCGCCGCCGCGCGCCUCGAGCACCGCCAUCUUUGCCGACACUCUCUCACCAGCCGGCGACAUGUCCGGCCUCGGCCCGCGGCCGACGUCAUCGGUCCGCUUCGAGACUCCGGCCUCGCCGCGUGUUGUCCGCCGCGGCGUGGCUUCCCGCGGCCCGCAAGCCGCCCCGGUGUCGGCCCUCCAGCGCCCGCCGCAAGCGCCGUCCUGA